GCUCUGGGGUCCCUGGGGUGGGUCCAGGGUCCAGAGUCAUGGGUUCCCCCAGUAAUUUGAACUUUGGGUGGGGGUCCCCCCUCACCCGGGAUCCUCGAUGCCUGCUACCUCUGGGAUGUCUGGAUUCUGGGUUCCAGACUCCUAAGGUCUCCCUAUUUCCGAAGCCUGGGUUUGGGGUCUCAGGUCUGGAAAUCUAGCUUUUGCUUUUAUGAGCACCCCUGCUCUGGUUGUGUCUUCCUGGAAGAUGACAGUGUGAUCCACCGAAAUACUGGGGUUUGGCCUUGAUGUAAGGUCCCACAGACUUUUUGUGGGGGCCUGUGUUUUCUGCAAGUUUUGUUUGCAAUCUGGAACACACGGCUGUGAGUCUGAGUUCUGAACCACCCAGGUGGGGGCUAGGAUUUAGGGACCCCCUCCAGCUCUCAUGAUCGCAUGCAUGCACACACACAUGCACUCAUGCCCAGCUUUACCCAGAGUGGAAGCUGUUUGCCCAGGGAGGCGAGUGUGGUGUGGCACGGAGGAGGGAUGGAGGUUUAACUUUGCAGAACACUCCUAUAGGAGAAACACACUGGAGGGGGACUGUGAGUCAGGGAACUCUGGGAAGGUGGCGGGACUCCCAUCUGUACCCUCCUGAGAGCAGAAGCCAAGAGGGAACCAAAGGGAGAAGGAGACAGAAUGGGAGAUAAGGCUAGAGAGCAGGAAGAGAGAGACAGAGACAAAGACGGGUAGAGAUGAGAGCUCCCCAGAGCGGGAAGCAUAGACAGACCAAGAAGAGCAAAGAAAAAUAGGGAGAGACUGGGAAAGCUCAAGAGCUGGAGACACGGAGGGGCAGCACCCUCCUCAUCCUGGGCCAGGGUCUGGGGUCCAUUUCCUGGGGAGUCAGUCAGAUCCCACAGCAGCCCUAUCCCAGGGGACCAGCCCAUAGCUGAGGAGGCUGUCUGCCUGUGUGUCUGACUUCAAGACCUCUGCUGCCACCCCCCCUACCCCACUCCUCCCAGGUGGGGGCAUCUGCCUUCUAGAAAGAAAGACAAGCAGGUACCCUCCUUCUCCUGACCAGCUCCCUACCUAGGCAGAGCCAAAAGUGGGAAGGCGGGAGCUAUGGGAUUCUUCCACCUCUGCCUAAUACCUGCAUAGCCUUGGGUGGUUCUUCUCCACACCUCAGUUUCCCUAUCUGUAAAAAGACAGCAAGAAAGAAACUUUUGCCUAAGAAUCCCCUGAUCUGAGACUCUCCUUUCCUCUGUGGGUCUCAGCACACCCCACCCGCUGGUACCCAUCCCCUUAGGACUCUGGCUCCUGAAAGCCAGAGACAUUGCCCCUUACAAGAGCUUGUAGAUGGAGAAACCGAGUUUCAGAGAUGGUCCAAACAGUGGUAAAUGCUACGGCCCAGAGCCAUUUCCCCACCCUCCCCUGGGGCCAGGCUCACCUUUCCCAGGGCCCCUUCUGGGGUGUGUGAGCACAGCCACUGUGCAGAGCCAGCCAGCGGGUCUGUGUGCACAUACGUGUGCAUGUGACUGUGGAGGCGUAGACAGGGUGAUGGGUAUGGGUGCCCUGAGAGUAACAUCUGUGCCCAGGGCUCUCGGGGGCUCUGGCAUGGCAUUCUCUGGGUCUGUGUGAGGGUGAGUGUCGGAGUCCACGUGAGUUCGUGUGUCUGAAACUGUGGGUCUGCACAUGACUUGCAGAAGCAUAGUUGUGUGUGCAUGUAUGUGUGCAUUUGUGAGCACACGUGCACCCAGGUCUAUUGUUUUCUUAUUUUUAUUUAAUAAAUGCUUCUGUAGUGCCACUUUCCAGACAUUGUUCUAAGCAUUUUACAAUAUUAACUAUUUUAAUCUUUAUAACAACCUUCUGAGAAAGGUUCUGUUAUUGUCCCCGUUUUUUAACUAACGUAAAUCACACAACCAACAUGACCAUUAUUUAUUGCAUGCCAACCAAAUGCUAAGCUGUGUGCCUCUGUGUGUGUGUGUGUGUGUGUGUGUGGUGGGGGGUUACGGGUCCCAGAGCCCCAUACUGAUUUCUGGGGAAGCUAAGGCACGUGGGGAGAAUUUGCCUGGCUUAGCCCUGGCCUAAGGCUGAGGGCAGGGCAGGAGGAGGGAUGCCAGGGUUGAGUCUCUUCUGGGACCUUGUUGAGGACCUGUGGCUGGACACUUCGGAGUGCACUGGAGCCUCCCUGGCUUCAGGGCUAGAGGAUAGGGUCACCUGAUACCAUGCAGGCCCCCUGGGCUCAGCUGGAGCCAGGGAGAGACUGACAGCCUGCCAGCUGCCUCUUCUGAAUGCAGGGGCUGCCGCUCCCACCCACAUGUGCACUGGUGCCCACCAAGCCCACCAAACUCAGCUGAUUGCCUCUGUCACCAAAACUGUAUGCUGUUUGCCCAGCCACCCCAGGACCAGGCUCACAUCUCCAGGGACCUCACGGUUGGGGGACCAAAAAUCAUCCCAUUGGAAGGACACUGGCUGUGGCCAGACUCAGCCGGUCCAUCUUGUGCCUUACAGGGAAGAGUAACUGUGAGGCUGGGGAUCAGGUGGAGUGAAGUUUGGAGAAAGGGAUGGACCCACAGAUUGUGGAUGCAGAUGACGUCAUGACCAAAGAGGAGCAGAUCUUCCUGCUACACCGAGCCCAGGCCCAAUGUGAGAAGCGGCUCAAAGAAGUCCAGCAGAAGCCAGCCAACAUAAUGGAAUCAGACAAGGGAUGGGCAUCCGCAUCCACAUCAGGGAAGCCCAGGAAAGAGAAGCCAUCUGGGAAGCUCUACCCUGAGUCUGAGGAGGACAAAGAGGACCCCAGGCACCGAGGGCGCCCCUGCCUGCCCGAGUGGGACCACAUCCUGUGCUGGCCGCUGGGGGCACCAGGUGAGGUGGUGGCUGUGCCCUGUCCCGACUACAUUUAUGACUUCAAUCACAAAGGUCAUGCCUACCGACGCUGUGACCGCAAUGGCAGCUGGGAGUUGGUGCCGGGGCACAACCGGACAUGGGCCAACUACAGCGAGUGUGUUAAGUUCCUGACCAAUGAGACUCGUGAACGGGAGGUGUUUGACCGCCUGGGCAUGAUCUACACCGUGGGCUACUCCGUGUCGCUGGCUUCCCUCACCGUGGCUGUGCUCAUCCUGGCCUACUUUAGGCGGCUGCACUGCACACGCAACUACAUCCAUAUGCACCUGUUCCUGUCCUUCAUGCUUCGCGCCGUCAGCAUCUUCGUCAAGGACGCGGUGCUCUACUCGGGCGCCACGCUCGAUGAGGCUGAACGCCUCACCGAGGAGGAGCUGCGCGCCAUCGCUCAGGCACCCCUGCCGCCUGCCGCCUCUGCUGCCGGCUACGUGGGCUGCCGGGUGGCUGUGACCUUCUUCCUUUACUUCCUGGCCACUAACUACUACUGGAUUCUGGUGGAGGGGCUGUACCUGCACAGCCUCAUCUUCAUGGCCUUUUUCUCAGAGAAGAAGUACCUAUGGGGCUUCACGGUCUUCGGCUGGGGUCUGCCUGCCAUCUUCGUGACUGUGUGGGUCAGUGUGAGAGCCACCCUGGCCAACACUGGGUGCUGGGACCUGAGCUCCGGGAACAAGAAGUGGAUCAUCCAGGUGCCCAUCCUAGCCUCCAUUGUGCUCAACUUCAUCCUCUUCAUCAACAUCGUCCGGGUGCUCGCCACCAAGCUGCGGGAGACCAAUGCCGGCCGGUGUGACACGCGGCAGCAGUACCGGAAGCUGCUCAAAUCCACACUGGUGCUCAUGCCGCUCUUUGGCGUCCACUACAUCGUCUUCAUGGCCACGCCGUACACCGAGGUCUCAGGGACGCUCUGGCAAGUCCAGAUGCACUACGAGAUGCUCUUCAACUCCUUCCAGGGAUUUUUUGUCGCCAUCAUAUACUGUUUCUGCAAUGGCGAGGUUCAGGCUGAGAUCAAGAAAUCCUGGAGCCGCUGGACACUGGCACUGGACUUCAAGCGUAAGGCACGCAGCGGGAGCAGCAGCUACAGCUACGGUCCCAUGGUGUCUCACACAAGUGUGACCAAUGUAGGCCCCCGCACGGGACUUGGCCUGCCCCUCAGCCCCCGCUUGCUGCCCGCUGCUACCACCAACGGCCACCCCCAGCUGCCCAGCCAUACCAAGCCAGGGGCCCCAGCCCUCCAGACCACACCACCUGCUGUGGCCACUCCCAAGGACAAUGGCUUUCUCAAUGGUUCCUGCUCAGGGCUGGACGAGGAGGCCUCCGUGCCAGAGCGGCCACCCACCCUGCUGCAGGAGGAGUGGGAGACAGUCAUGUGACCAGGGACCUGGGGGUUGGACCUAUGGACAUAAGGGCGACAGACAGAUGGACCAAGAGAUGGGUGGUUGGAUGGUUGCCCACUCAGGGCUAGGGCCAGGAGGACAAAACAGGAGGAAAAAAAAAAGAAAAGGGAAAAGGAAGCAGUGUGUGGCUUCCUGUGGUCUGAACUGGGGACUCACUCCAGGAGGGGAGGGGGCUGGGAGCCAUGGGAGGGUUCUUGGGUCCCACCUCAUGAGGAGGCCUAGGAACCAUGGGCUGGUCCCUGGGGUUGGGGCACAGUCCAGCAGAAAGGGCCUGGGAGAGGCUGCUGUCUAGGCCUAGAGAGGCUCAAGUCUGCAGGGGUCACACAGCCAGCCAGUGGACCCAUGCAGGAGUUGGGCCCCAGCCUUUCCCUGCCACAGAUGCCACCUCAGCUGCUCCCCACAAGUGUACCCAUGCCCCAAGGGCGACCCAGGCUGCCUUUGGCCCGGACUCCUCUGGGCCAGCUUCUCCGCUUGCUGGCCCCCAGUCACUGGUCACUCAGGACUGACAGGACAUUCUUUGGGUCCCUGGCCAUGCCCCCAAGCCUGAGGCCCUGCUAUAGGCCUGUCUGCUGGCCAUGCCGUGCCCCUUGGAGGCUGGGCCACUCAGAGAGCCCUCUACAUGUGACUCCCAGUCCCCACCCUGGUUCUGAUAUGCCUCUAGCAACCAGACGGUGCAGAGGGAGUGCCAGGGCCAGCAAGUGAAAGGUAGGCUGGGGUCUUGGCUCUGGCUCAGGAACUGUGGGGGAGCCAGGAGCCUGAGCCCAGAGGGCUGGCUAGGUUGGGGGUCUGCCAGACUCAGAACAUCCACUCAUAUGGACCCAAGAUGGUCACUAAGCAUCCCUACCCAACACCCACCCACCACCUUACUUGCCCCCUGCCCACAGCAGUCUUGGGCCCUAGAAUAGCCCAGGCCCUCCUCGGCCUGACACCUGAAAACCGAGCUGACUGCAUCCCUACCCCAUGCUCCAGCCACAGUGAGCUUGCCCAAACCUGCAGAUGGUCCUGCCUCUAAGCCUAUGUACAAGCUGGUGCCCCUGCCUGGCCCUGCCUUCCCCUCAUCUCCAGCUCAAACUGUCUUGUUUUUCUCCAUGGACUCAGCACCUGGGAAGUGUUCCCCCUCUCCAACAGCCCCCUACUUCAUUGGGGGCUAGGUGAGAGGUCAUGAGGCCAGGACCACCACUUAGGCAGUGGGUGGCUUGGACAUACGCUGAGCAGCCUCAGGCCCAGCCCCACCUGCCCUUCCAGAUGGCGGGCAGGGGAAACAACUGUCCAAAGGCCUGGUGCACUCAUGGACUCAAUGUAGUAUGACCUGCUUGGAAGGGUGUGAGAGAGGAACAGGCCAGGACUUGAAGGGCCACUGAACCAAGCUGAGCAUCUGGAAUUCCUGUGAGUGCUGGGAGCCACCUGAAGUUCUAGAGGGAGAGCAACAAGGUCUGAGCAACAUUCAGAAGAGUUCUUGCUCCAGUGUAGAGAGGCCAGAGAAGAUUACAGGGGUCAGGAGAGAUGUAGCCUUGUGGGAUGCAGGUGGCCAGAUGGGGAGAUGAUGGGAGUGGGAGGUGCUGCUGUCAAGAAGGACCCUGGAUGAGGCACUGACUGGGGGAAGGAGACCUAAGUAGGACAGCCCCCACUCCCCUUCCCAGGGGUGUCUGAUGCCCCUCUCCAGCACUCAGAGCCACGGGCCCUCUGGACCACUGAGGCUCCAGGAUAACUUAUCCUGCCCACCCCAUGACAGAGUCACUAAGGGCCCGAGCUGGCUGGGCCACAGGGCCCCAUCUUCCAGCUGAGACUCCUCCAUCAGGAGGCUCGUGAAGUAAUGAGUCCAUGAGAUGCACUCACCUUGAAAUGUUCAGACUGGGAACCCCCAGGCAGGGCUGUACUCACCCCUCAGACCGGGUGCCCUCCAGGCCAGGGCUGUGUCUCCCACCUCAGACUUGUUACCCCCGUCCCUUCAGAUGGACCCCCAAGAUAGGGCUGUGUUUCCCCUUUGGACUAAAUGCCCCCAGGACAUGCUGAGUACCCCCUCUCAGGUUUGGUGUCCCCAGGCAGAACCAGGCCUUCCAUAUCCAAUUGGACACCUUGAUGAGGCCGGCCCUCCCUCCCUCAGGAUUUUUGCACCUAGGACAGGGUCAAGCCUCUCCCUUUAGACUGAGCACCAUUUCUUCCCUCAGACUGGAUGUCCAGGACAGGACUGGACCUCUUACAUCAGUCUAAGACCCUAGGCCAGGACCAAGUCUCCUCCCUUAGACUGGGGGCUCCUGGGCCAGGGCUGGCCUAUCCACUCAGAGGCCCUGAGCCCCGUCUGGGCCAUCCAGGUGUUGGCAGAGGAAGUGGGAGCCCUCAGCGGGCCUGGCAGGCAGUCAGGACCCUGUUUGCCUUGAGCAGGGGCUGGAGCCAGGUGGUCACUUCUCCUUCAAGGCCUCACAGCCCAGCCAAGCCGCAGGGAACACGUAAACACCAGCCGAGCCGGGCAGUGGGAAGGCGGGGAGGCGGGUACCAAGAGACCCUGACUCCUUAGCCACGGUGUCUGGGCACCUCACCUGGACUCCAAAUCAGGCCAGUAAGGUGGCCUCUAGAUCCCACCUGUCUUGGGCAUGUGGACAGGCCCUGCACCUCUCUGGCUGUUUCUCCCCAGCCCAGGCUGGGAGAGGGAUUCUGAAGACCCUUGGAAGGAAUGUACCCUCCUGAGGGCCCUGGGACACAGGCUUUGAGGGGAGGCUGGGUGAGUCUAUAGCUCCCAGCUCAGAGCAGGGUCUCCGGGGUCCAGGGGAAUGAAAGAGAUUGCUCUCCCUACCCUCAGCCUGCAAGCUCGUGGAGAACGAGGACUGAGCUGGGUCCCACACACCUGCCCAGAGUAGGCAGCCCUCACCCUGGCGAAGUGGUCAGAGGGAGAAGAGACAGGGGAAAGGGGGCUGAGUUCUCUGAAGUUCAAAAGGCACAUGACCCUGCCCAGGAAGCUGAGAGGACACAGCUGUGCUCUGGGGGGUGUGAGGAGGACACAGCCCUGCCUGGGGGUGGAGGGUGACAGGACACAGCCCUGCUCCAAGGGUGUGUGAGGAGACAUGCACCUGCCCUGGGGGGUUCUAGGAGGGUCCUGGCUCUGCCUUGGUUGUUAGCAGAGUGGUCUGCCUGUGGGGACCCUAGUCAGAGGGGCAGGAGGAGUGGGGCUCGCUGCACACCUCCAGCACACAGGCUGGGCUGGGUCCCGAUGCUUGUCCCUGAUGCCUCCUCGGCCAACUCCAGGAGAAUGAUCCCAGCCUGAGGCUACCAUGGCCAACUGAAACAAGCCUUGGCUGGGGCAGAGGAGCCUCCUUUUGGGCAGAGGAGGAGGGGACUCCAGAGCCAGGCAGGGGCCUGGGCCCUGGCUGGCUCCGUGGGUGUGCUGUGUGAUCCUGGGCAAGCCACCUUCCCUCUCUGAACCUCAGCUUCUCCUCUGAGGUCAGGUCCCUGUCCAGGUCUCCUGGAAGAUGGGGCCCUGUGGCCCAGCCAGCUCGGACCCUCAGUGACUCCAUCCAUGGGGUGGGCAGGAUGAGUUGCCCUGGAGCCUCAGUGGUCCGGAGGGCCCAUGGCUCUGAGUACUGAAGAGGGGCAUCAGACACCCCUGGGAAUGGGAGCCGGGGCUGUCCUGCUUACACUGCUCCCCACUGGGCCCCCAGGGUGGUCUUUGCCUGCCUGGACAGGGCCCCUAUCUUCCCCUUAGGCAGACUUGGGGCCCUCAGGACCCAAGGCCAGGACAUCCCCAAGUGAUAGGUAUCCUCUUUCUUAAGCAUCAUGGUCAUGUAGGCAGUGAGGGCCAAGAGGUGACGGGUGUGCCAAAUCUGUGCAACUCCUCCCUGUCCAAGGGCUGGGGGUCAGGAAAGGGGCCAGGGUCUGGGAGGCAGAAGACAGGAUUCUAGACCCACAACCAUUCCUGCUGACCUGGGCCUUCCAUCUGUGGGUGAGAGGAGAGGUGGGGCCCCUUCAUGUUCCUGCGUUAAUUACGCACCUAUUCUUCAGGCCCCUCCCCCACUCUUAGUGCAAUUUGGUUGGAGGUAGAGAGGCAGUCUCAAUCCUUCCAAAGGCUUCCUGAUUUGAAGGUCCCGUGGUUUUCAGUCUGCUUCUCCUCAGACAGAACACUGCAGGGUGGGGACAUUGCCAGCGGCUCUGGUAGGGAGCUCUGCAGACAGCAGCCCCCAUGGGGCUCCUGUUGGCUUUGCUUCCCAAUGGUGAGGAGGAGACGGGGUUGUGGGCAUGCGAGGGUGGGUUUAUGGCCACCCCAUGCUCCCUUUGCAGAGCCUCAGUGCACGUGGCUCCAAACUCCUCUCGCGGCCCUGCCGCGCGGAGCCCUCCACCUGCUCUCUCCACUGCCCACGCUGUGCUCUCCAGUCAGCCCAAGACAGUGGGUUCCUCCUGGGACCCUUUGCCACAGCACCCUUUUCCUGCUCCAGCAUGUCUGAGUCAGGGGACAGCAUUGGUGUGAACCAUGCCCUGGCCCUGCCCAGAGGCCACACUGCCAGGUUCCCUGUCCCCAAGAAGCUCACCCACAUCAGAGAUAUAGAGAAGUGUGUUGUGUGUCUGUUAUGUGUUUGUGUGUAUGUAUGUAUCUAUAAUCGUGUGUGUUUAUUUGUAUAUUUGUAUGUAUGUGAAUUUGUAUACAUGUGUCUGUUCAUUUAUGUGCCUAGCUAUGUGUCUGUUGUGUCUUUGUAUUGUGUGUCUGUUUGUGAUUCUAUUUGUAUGUAUGCCUGUGUGUGUCUGUGUGUAUGUUUGCCUACGUGUGUCUGUAUAUGUAUCUGUAUGUCCAUUUGCAUAUGCCUUUUGGUGCGUCUACUUGUGUGUGUGUGUGUGUACCAGUGUGUCUAUUUGUAUUUAUUUGUAUGUAUGCCUGUGUAUGUGUGUGUCUAUUUGUGUGUGUGUCUGUAUGGAUCCGUGGUCUGAGAAUGCCGCCUGUGGGUGGAAUUUGGCUCAGAGAUGUGUUUGGUUUGGCCCUCACAGUAUUUUCAACAUCUUGAGCCAACAUUUAAAAAUCAGGAUAUUUCACAUAAAAAUUCAGCUUUCCAGCUUCUCUUAAAAAUUCAGAAGCCCUGGCAGCCUUGGGCCUGCAUUCCCAUGAGGCCACUCUCCUCCGAAGCUACACAGGGGCUGCCUCAUCUCCCCACCCUCCACAGCCUCACCACUUGUCUCGCCCACCAAUGCCUUGAGGAUGACUGAGUGUGUGACCCCAAAGUGUGUGGUCACAACUGAGUGUAAGCCUGGCUGUCAGGGAGUAUGUGCAUGAGUGUGUGUGUGGAGUGAGUUUGCAUGUGUGUAUGUGGGUGAUGAGGGGCUGUAAGUACAUAUAUGUGUGCGUGAAUCAAGUUGAGAUGGGGGGGUGUACACAUAAAUGCAUGUGUGAAUGUGAAGCCAAUCUGUGUGCAUGGGGUGUGUGUGUGUGAAUGCAUGUGUGUGUGCAUUAGGCAAAUCUGAGUGUGCAAAUGUGAGCAUCUGCACAUGUGGCUGUGAGGUAUCUAUGCAUAAGGGGGUAUACAUGUGUGAAUGCACGCAUGUACACAUGUAUGUGUGCAUGGCCGUAUUCAUGGCCAUGUGGAGUGUGUGGGCCACUGUGGUCUGGCAUGCUCUGCACAGGGGCCUCUUCCGGCCUUUGACAGGGAAUUGGAUUCCCGGCUCCUGGCUGGGCUGCCUUGUGGGAGAUUUAUUUCUGUCUCAGUGCCGACCAGAGGCCUGAGUAAUGGGAACAUUUAAAGAAAACCCGUAAAUACAGAGAGAAGGGGCAGGCAGGCCGGGAAACUCAGUCUGGGCACCCCUGCCCAGCCAACAGCUGCCAGAGGCCAGGCCUGAGCCAGAGAGCGAAGCAGCCCUAGGACCCAGCAGGCACACCCUCUCUGCCCUAUGGAUUGCCCACUUCUGCCUUUCUAGUAACAUCUGGUACGUGAGAUCCUUAUUCCACCUGGAUGGCCCCUGGGUCAACAGUAAGCAUCUUGGGAGCUUGACUCUGAGCAACAGAUGCUCAGGACAGGCCCAGGGGAUGCUAUGUCAAGCCUGGCCCAGGGGCUAAGGGAACCUGACCCUCCUGGCUGGCCUCUUUCCCAGCCAGGCUACAGUGGGUCCACAUCCCUGGGUAUUCUGUCCACACAGGUCUCACACAUACUCAGACCCUCCCACAGGAGGGAUGAGGCUGCCCAUGACCUGGCAGAGCUGGUGCUGCCCCCAGGGCUGGGAGGGCACUCAAGACACUCCACCUGGCGCCCACACACCCUGGAGUGCCUGGUGCCUGGAACCUGAGGAAGGCCAGCCUGGGGUGGGGUGGGGUGCUGCUGUUCUCCCCAGGACAUGGCCCCCAUUGUUCUGGGUUUUGGGUAGACUAAGCCUCACUUUCAGGAUCAUCUCUGAUAUCAGCCACUUAAAUGACACAGGCCCUGUGUGAAAGGACAAAAGUUCUUCCUCUGGUAGGGUGACGUCCAUUACAGAAGAGCCACUGCAGCAGUGGGAAAAGCAGGCUGUGCUGACCCACGCUUCCCUUCAGGGCCCCGGUUGGUGUCUCCUGCUGCCCCCCAGCGGCCAUGUGAGGACAGGGGGGAAAUAAAGUCUGCCUGGAGAUUCUGGUCCA